GACCUUCAUCAACCUCUUGCUUAUCACUAAUUCAAUUCAUCUCAACCCCUCCCAAUUCAACAAACAGUACGCCUCGUUCCAUACGCACAACUUCUGUACUCUGCUCUAACUCAAAGAACAAGGAAAAGAAAAAAAUGCCAACUCCCGAAUCCGCCGCGUUCCUGGCUAAAAAGCCCACCGUUCCCCCAACCUACGAAGGCGUCGACUUUGAAGACAACGUAGCAAUUCACAAUGCGCGAGAUGCAAUUAUCCGAGAGCAAUGGGUGCGAAGUAUGAUGGCCAGACUUGUGGGUGAGGAAUUGGGCAAAUGUUAUGCUCGUGAAGGAGUGAAUCAUUUUGAAAAGUGUGGGAAGUUGAGAGAACGGUACUUUGAAUUGCUCAAGGAGCGCAAGAUUAAGGGUUAUCUGUUCGAAGAGAAGAAUUAUUUCAGCAAGGGCUCAUAAAUGCGAAAAGACGGGAAAUUCACGAUCGGAUCAAAGGGGCUUUCCGAUUCCAACGCAAUUAUGGUCGCGACGGCUUUACGUUGAAUUUGAGUUUGCGGAGGGAUCCUGGGCCCAUAUUUAGAAAAUUGUGUUGCGGACUAUAGACGAGUGAUGGGAGGCUAUGAAGGAGUCUCAAGUGUAUUAUUGUACAUAUCUACUGCACAAGUUCAUCUGUUUUGUUCCAUCUUUCAAGUUCGAAUAUUGAUCAAGACUAGACUAGUCCGAUCGGGCUUUUACAGGGUAUCAUCCAACAAGUACAAUAGCUCAAUAGUAACUGUCGGCCGUCGCUGAUCUUGAACUAAGAAAACCACCGGGAAGACCUCUCUCUGCUGCUGGCGUGACUUCAUCUUCACUGUCAUCUUCUAAUGUCAUCGCAGACAACGACUGGUCAAUUUUCUCCGGCGGAGCACGCAUACGGAUUAAUUCGCUCUCUUCCAAUGACGGAGGCUUGUAUG